GCGAAACUCCAGUUACCGCAUACUACAACAAUACAUCGCAGAGCAAGAUGCAAAGACGAGAAAGUGUGUGGUGGUAAAAGGCUGUGUUUUUCCUUUUCUUUGUCUCAGAGAAGUUUUACUUGAGAGAAAUUCUUCACACAAUACAGUGAAAGUAGAACCUUGGCUGUAAUGUCUAUUACCAACUGAUAAUCACAUUGCAGUGUUCAAGACUUUUAAGCGAGAACAAUGCAAGGAGAGGAAGAUACGAGUUUCGUCUCGAUCAAUCUUGAGCCGAGCGAGUGUAGCGUCUGUGGCCUCGACACCGGUGAACCCCUGACGACAUGCCACCUCUGCUCCAAGAAACCCUCCCCUCGGAGAAGCCCAAUCCAGAUCGGGUUCAACCAGUUGCCGGACGUUCUGCACACCGAAGUAAAAGCCCAUGAAACCUGUCUUGUUCUAGAACAUCAAAGAUUCGUAAAGAAAUCUCGAAGUCCAUUUCUUCAUCGACGGGGAUGCAGCGUCCCACAAGACUUUUCAUCCCCUGGAGCUCGGGAAUCCAUCGGCGACAAACUCCAGUGGCUCAUCAAUCACUCUAAGAAUGAAGACGUGAAAAAUCGGAAGAAUCUUCUGCAGGUACACAGUAGCCCCUGUACGCGGUCAAGCAGUCCGGUCACUUUGAGAGGAGUGUCUGAGAUAGACAUCUUAAGACGAAACAGUGAGCAAAAUCUAAGUUGUGAAUCAGGCUCCGUAGAGUUGAGGAAGAGCUAUGCUAAGUACCUCUAUGGGACACGUCUGACUCAGUCGCAGAGUGACGACAAUGUUGUGAUCAAAACCCAGAGUAUUAACUCAGAAACUCAAAUAACCCAAACCACCACAGUGCCUGAUGUCCGAGACAUCAAAAGUCCGUUGUCAAUAAAGGCUAGCAAAAAAACUAAGAAAGCAUCUGAAAAUGAUGAACAGUUCGACAAAUCAACAAGAGUCCGUAGCAACAAAAUUGAAAUGACAGAGGGACUUCUGACGCCAAUGUCAGAUAAACUCUGCCGUGUCUUGUCCCUUCAGGAUGAAGGGGCAGAGAAACGAGACGUUGAGAGUGAAACUCGAAGAUGGAGUAAUAAACAGAAACUGAACAAGGAGCAAUUGAACAAGAUGAGUGCAGCCGAGAUGAAGAAAGUCUUAUCAAAUUAUGAAAAUAUGAUAAAAGAAAUCUCUGCAGACCUCGUUGACUUCCUGCAGGAAAGGGACUCACUGGAUCAAGAGGUCAAAGUUCGUAACCUCACCAUACAGAAGCUUGUGAAGAUGAAGCACCAGCAACAACAAGACAUGCCAAUUAAGACUGCUGCCGUUAGUAACAUUUGAGGUAUCAAUUGUUUUAAGGACACGGAACACCUUUGGUAAUUGUCAAAGACCAGUCUUCGGCUUGGUGUAUCUCAAC